UCCUUUUUUAUUUCUUCCCUUCCGUUUUAGUGAGAGCCCUGACGGCUUUCGCUUUGCCAGGAAAUGGCAAGUUUAGUUGAGAGGCUUCGCGUUCGAUCAGAUCGGAGGCCUCUAUACAAUGUAGAUGAUUCCGACGAUGAGUUUGAUUUCACGAGGAAAAAAUCCGGAACGGACAAAAUCGAGAAAAUUGAACGGCCUGAUGUGGAGGAAGGUUCAUGCCAAGCUUGUGGAGAAGAUGAAAAUCUUUUGAGCUGCAAAACAUGUACUUAUUCAUACCAUCCAAAGUGUUUGCUGCCGCCUCUGAGAAGUCCUUUUCCUAGCAGCUGGAAAUGUUCACAAUGUGUUGGACAUCUCAAUGACCUUGAAAAGAUUCUCGACUGUGAGAUGCGUCCACGUGCUGCAAAUGAUAGUGAUGUGACCACGCUGGAAUUAAAUCUCAUUAAACAUUAUUUACUCAAGUGGAAAGGACUGUCCUACCUCCACUGCUCAUGGGUACCUGAGACAGAAUUUGUCAAGGCAUACAAGUCGAAUCCCCGUUUAAGAACAAAAGUGAACAACUUCCACAGACAAGCUUCUUCAUCAGCCAACGGCGAGGAUGAUUAUGUUGCUAUCAGACCAGAUUGGACGACGGUUGACCGGAUUAUCGCUUGCAGGGAAGUUGAUGAAGGAAGAGAAUAUUAUGUAAAAUGGAAGGAACUUCCAUAUGAUGAAUGCUCCUGGGAGUUUGAAUCGAGCAUUGCAUCGUUCCACAAAGAAAUUGAAAAGUUCAACAAAAUGCAGUCUAAAGGUGACAAGGUAUCUACAGUGAAACAAAAGAGCAAUCUUCGUGAUUCCAUUGACUUGAAGAAAAAACAGAAAGCAUUUCAACAAUAUGAAAAGAGCCCUGAGUUUCUAUCUGGAGGUUCAUUGCAUCCAUAUCAGCUUGAAGGGUUGAAUUUCUUACGUUUUUCUUGGUCCAAGCCGACACAUGUGAUACUUGCGGAUGAGAUGGGUCUUGGCAAAACAAUACAGAGCAUUGCCUUUUUAGCAUCCCUCUUUGAGGACAGUUUGUAUCCUCAUCUUGUGGUAGCUCCUCUAUCAACAUUGAGGAACUGGGAACGCGAAUUUUCCACAUGGGCUCCUCAAAUGAAUGUUGUGAUGUAUGUUGGCACUGCCCAAGCACGGGCGAUAAUCCGAGAUUAUGAAUUUUUCUAUCGCAAAAGUCACAAGAAGAGCAAGAAACAGAAAUCUGGCAAAACAAUCAGUGAAAGCAAACAAGAUAGGAUAAAAUUUGAUGUCCUUUUGACAUCUUAUGAGAUGAUCAACAUGGACUCAUCAUCAUUGAAACCCAUAAAGUGGGAGUGCAUGAUUGUCGAUGAAGGCCAUCGUCUUAAAAACAAAGAUUCAAAGCUGUUUUCUUCUUUGAAACAGUAUUCUAGCCGACAUCGUGUCCUCUUGACUGGAACCCCUCUUCAGAACAACUUGGACGAACUUUUCAUGCUUAUGCAUUUUCUUGAUGCUGGGAAGUUUGGAAGUUUAGAAGAUUUCCAGGAGGAGUUCAAGGAUAUUAAUCAAGAGGAACAGAUUAUGAGGCUUCAUAAGAUUUUGGCUCCUCAUCUGCUGAGGAGGGUGAAGAAAGACGUCAUGAAAGAAUUACCUCCUAAAAAAGAACUAAUUUUGCGUGUUGAGCUGAGCAGCUUGCAAAAAGAGUAUUACAAAGCUAUAUUGACUCGUAAUUAUCAGAUACUAACUCGCAAGGGUGGUGCCCAGGUUUCUCUUAUUAAUGUGGUCAUGGAACUCCGCAAGCUCUGCUGUCAUCCUUUUAUGUUGGAAGGAGUUGAGCCAGAAGAUCCUAAUGAGUUUAACAAACUUUGUUCUGCUCACAAUGAUAUGCAUUGCAGGCAAUUCAUAGAAGCUUCGGGAAAGUUACAACUUUUGGACAAGAUGAUGGUUAAACUUAAAGAGCAGGGCCACCGAGUUCUACUAUAUUCUCAAUUUCAGCAUAUGUUGGACAUAUUAGAAGAUUACUGUGAUUAUAGGAAAUGGCAAUACGAAAGAAUUGAUGGAAAAGUAGGUGGAGCAGAAAGGCAAAUUCGAAUAGACAGGUUUAAUGCCAAGAAUUCAUCAAGGUUUUGUUUUCUGCUAUCCACUAGAGCUGGAGGCAUUGGAAUAAACCUCGCUACUGCAGACACAGUAAUUAUAUACGACAGUGACUGGAACCCCCAUGCAGAUCUCCAGGCAAUGGCGAGAGCUCAUCGCCUUGGUCAAACCAAUAAGGUAAUGAUCUACAGGCUCAUAACACGAGGAACUAUUGAAGAAAGAAUGAUGCAGAUGACUAAAAAGAAAAUGAUUUUGGAGCAUCUAGUUGUUGGGAAGCUCAAAACACAAAAUAUUAAUCAGGAAGAACUAGAUGACAUCAUACGGUAUGGAUCGCAGGAAUUGUUUGCUGAUGACAACAAUGAAUUGGUAAAAUCUCGUCAAAUUCAGUACGAUAAUACUGCAAUUGAUAGAUUGCUUAAUCGCGAACAAAUUGGAGAUGAAGAGGCUUCAUUGGAAGAUGAAGAGGAGGAUGAAUUUUUGAAAGCUUUUAAGGUAGCUAACUUUGAGUAUGUGGAAGAAGGAUUGGCAGAGGACACACCUGUAACACCAGAAGAAAAUAAAACAUCAGUAAACAAUUCUGAAAGAGCAAGCUACUGGGAAGACCUAUUACGAGAUAAGUACGAAGUGCAUAAGGUUGAAGAAUUUAGUGCUAUGGGCAAGGGAAAGAGAAGCCGCAAACAGGUGGUGUCUGUCGAAGAAGAUGAUCUUUCUGAGUUGGAAGAUAUGUGUACAGAUGGGGAAGAUGAUUACUAUGAAGCUGAGUUAACUGAUACCGAGGUUGCUUCAACUGGAGCUGCAUCUACCAGGAGAUCCUGCAGAGAAAGAACUCGUGAUGCUUUAGAAAAACAUCCUUUGAUGGACGGUGAAGGGAAACAUUUGCGAGUGUUGGGGUUUAAUCAUGCACAGAGAGCUAUGUUCUAUAAGAUUAUUAUGAGGUUUGGAGCGACGACAGAUGGUUGGGAAGACUUUGAGAAACGCCUAAAGCAGAAGACUCCUGAGGAAAUUGAAGCGUACGGGAUGCUUUUCGUGAGGCACUUAGCCGAAGGAGAAAAUGAUUCAAUCAUGCAAUUAAAUUACCUGUUCCGUUUACUAAUUUCAUCUGCGAAUGGUGUGCCCAAGGAAGGACUAAAAGUAGAUGAUGUAAUUUGCAGGUUGGGAACAUUAGGGGUGAUGAGGAACAAAUUGGAGGCUUUAUCAAAAGGUUCAGUCUUUUUCACGGAUGAUAUUUUAUCCUGCUACCCAAGACUGAAAGGAGGAAGGUUUUGGAAGCAGCACCAUGAUCAGGUGUUGAUGCAAGCAGUAAUGAAACAUGGGUUUCGAAGAUGGCAAGCAAUUGUUGAGGACAAGGAAUUGAAAAUAAAAGAAGUGAUCUGUCAAGAGCUGAAUCUUCCUUCUGCUUCAGUAACUUCUCAAGCACAAUCUCAGGCUCAAGCCUCUUCUUCUGGUACUUCUAAACCGCAUGUUCCAACUUCUGCUUCUUCUGAAUCACAAAAUGGUAUCAAAUUGGAACGUGCUGAAGCUCCUGGGAUGGAAACUAUUGAUGUUGGAGCAGAUGCACAUAAAGGAGCCACUAAUAGAAGACUGGUUGAUUUUAUCAAAAAAAGGUUGCUACUUGUAGAGCAGGGAUUACUUGCAGAAUUCGAGAAGACAUUACCUGUAGCUGAUAUUGAUAGCGAAGACGACGUUCCAGACAAUGAUAUAGGGCACAAGGUCACAGAUUCAAAACAUUCGAGUUCUGUGGCAUCAGAUCCCCCAACAGUUGUGCAGUUGCCUCAAGUUGAAACAAUCUCUCCUGGAGAAUCAUCGUCAAAUGGAGCAACUUUUAAUAAGAAUGCUCUUUUCAACAAAACUACAGAUCUUGAUGGUGUGCCCAAAGAAGGACUAAGAGUAGAUGAUGUACUUGCCAGGUUGGGAACAUUAUCAGUGAUGAGGAACAAAUUGGAGGCUUUAUCAAACGGUUCAGUCUUUUUCACGGAUGAUAUUUUAUCCUGCUACCCAGGACUGAAAGGAAGAAGGUUCUGGAAGCAGCACCAUGAUCAGGUGUUGCUGCAAGCAGUAAUGAAACAUGGUUUUGGAAGAUGGCAAGCAAUUGUUGAUGACCGGGAUUUGAAAAUACAAGAAGUGAUCUGUCAAGAGCUGAAUCUUAACUUCUGCUUCAGUAACUUCUCAAGCACAAUCUCAGGCUCAAGCCUCUUUUCUGGUAUUUCUAAACCGCAUGUUCCUAUUUCUGCUUCUUCGAAUCACAAAAUGGUGUCAACUUGGAACGUGUUGAAGCUCGUGGAAUGGAAACUACUGAUGUUGGAGCAGAUGCACAUAAAGGAUCCACUAAUAGAAGACGAUUGAUUUAUUCAAAAGAAGGUUGCUACUUUUAGAGCAAGGAAUGCUUACAGAAUUCGAGAAGACGUUAUCUGUAAGUCCGUUUCAGAUUUCCAGUAUGGUGGUAUUUGCAAUAUUGGAAAGGGGAAUAUAGUAUCCUUAACAUACUUUUAUACUAGAUUUUUGUAGGAGUUUUGUAGGAUGUAUUUGUUACUUGAUUCCUAAUUUGAUC